AUGACAUCAAUGUCUGUGCAAUUGUCUGCCCAAAAUAUCGCAUGUCGCUUGAUGACCGAAGACGGGGAGCACAGUCGAAGUCCAGACGAGUGUGCUCAAGCCGGCCUUUGGGAAGUUGAGCCAUUAUACUACAGUAUCCCGGGUCGCUCGGAUCGUAGUCGCCGCGGCAAGGCUUACCGCAAAAGAUCAGAUGGCGAAAUUUGUUGUUUCGAAGCUCAUGAUGGUAUUAUUUACAAACCGGGUGAUAAUGUUUACAUUGAGACAACAUCUGCCGAUCCAUAUAUAGUUGGAUCAAUAACCUUGUUCAAAAUGACAAAAAGGGACAUGCUAUCGGUGAAAAUAUCACGAUUUUAUCGACCAGAAGAUGUGCCGGAAAUUUCCCUCAGUCUCAUUGCUCAAGAGCGAAUGGAAAUGGAUUUUGCAGAGGAACCUAGCCCAGAAGCACUCUCUCGAGAGCUGUUCACCUCUGACACAACCACAUUUCAUUCCAUUGCUAGCCUAAGGGGCAAGUGUGAAAUUGCAUUCGUAAAAGAUAUUCGAAGUCUUGGAGAGUGCGAUCUUACAAAGGAGAAUACCUUCUUCUCUUGUCUAUCAUACAAUCAAGAAUCAUCAAGGCUGGCGUCUGUUCAAGGAGAAAUACGUGUUGGUGCCUCGUAUCAGGCGAGAUUGCCUGCCGAGGCUACCUGUUCGGUGGCAGAUGAACCCGAUCGUGAUGAGCUAUUGUACAGGCCCGGUAUGAUUGAUCCCGGUACCGAGGACAAAUACAUCAAAUUGGCACGAAGUUUUCGUAUGUUUGCUAUGAUGGAGACAAGAAUGUUGGACACUGAAAAGCAUUCUCGAGUGAGCGAUCUGCUUUUUGACGACGCUCUCACCACGUUGCAUCGCUGCGGAUACAAAUUCGAUGAGGCACUCAAGGAAAUGAAUGCAAAUGAUAAAUUGCUCUCCGCGGAUGCGAACUUCAUGACCGUUGAGGAUACGAAGAAGUUUUGCAAGGGAAUAAAGACUAUCGGCAAAAACUUUGUGCGAAUUAGUCGUGAAUUGCUGCCUCUUCAUAGUCGGGAUCAACUGGUUGGUUUCUAUUAUCUAUGGAAGAAAACUUCUGAUGCCGUGAAGCCGAAACCACUUUCACGACAGCGAAAUCAAGUAGCAUGCAUAAAGAGAAAUUCAAAAAAUUCACAGAGCAAGACGUCACGACCUGCUUCUACUGAAUUGCUGGAUUAUGCAUCGGCAAGCGAGGGCGAAAUGGAGGGAUUGGAAUCUGAAAAAGCAUCGCAAUAUGCCUGCCAUCAUUGCUAUGGCUCCAAGAGUCGCGACUGGCAUCAUGCAGGAAGAGAUGGUCUGCUGCUAUGCACUGAUUGUCGGCUUUUCUAUAAGAAAUACGGUCAACUACGUCCCGUCGAUCGGCCGUCAACUGUGCCUCCGUGUCUCUUCAAACGCAGCCCAUCCAGCGGAGAUAUCGAUGAGGACAGUGGAGUGAGAACUAGAGCUGGGAAGAAGGAACGACGAAGGACUCCUUCAAUGGGCGAAGAGCGUCGCAGCCCGAGCCAGGCGGCAUCCGUGCAUGAAUUCGACCUCGACAAAGUGCCAGUGAGCAAAACAAAGAAUGGAAAGAGGAAACGCGCGAAUCAUCUGCAUCAUCACAAUGGUCUUCCCAACAACAACAACUCGAAGAAGAAGAGGGAAGAUGUUGAUGAAGACAGUAGUAGUGGAAAAGAGGAGGCACCCGCCGAGGAAAAACCAGCACCGGCAACAAAUGUCAAGAAAGAAGAGGAUGUUGUCGAGCAAACAAAUCCGCUGGACGCAAAUGUUCAUGAAGAACCGCCGCAACCGACUGUCAACAACGAGGCAACUUCGGAGUUGAAGAAAGAGUUGGAGUCCGGAAAACCGCUAGAGAAAUUAGAGCAAGUUGCGAAAAUGGUUGAGGAGAUUAAACCUGAGAAUACUGGAGCGGAGGAACCCAAGAAAGAGGAGAAGUUAUUCGAUGACAUAGAUUCGGAUGAGAACGAUGAGAAUGUGGCAAAUGUUAUCAGUGAUGACAACACUUGGAAACAUGGCGACCAGGAGGCGUGCACAUCAAAAAAUGCGAUAUUUGUGCAGUCAAUCGUGCGGCCUUGCGGCCAGAUGUGUGCGAGAACUGAUUUGUCAUAUCGUAUGCCAAGCGAUUGUGAAUGGGCGAAACGAAAACGCGAGAAGAAGGAAAAGGCUGCCGCUGUUGCGGCUGCCGCUGCUCAACAGCAGCCGCACACACCAACUCAACCGAAAAAGCCUGACUUCAAUGGAGUGAUCCCUGGAGGCCUUGCUGAUUUGUCGCGUAUGGCAGCCAUGAACGGACAGAUGCAUAUGUUUUCUGGUAUGGAUCCGAUGACAGUAGCAAUGAUGCAGCAAAUGCAGCAAGCACAACUGAUGGAAGCCCAGCAACAUGCUGCAGCUCAACAACAGCAUAUGAUGAAACUGGAGAUGCAGCGUCAACUAGCAGCUGCUGGCCGCAUACCAAUGAUGCCGUUCAUGGACCAGCGAAUGGCAGCAGCCGCCGCCGCCAGCGGCCUCUCUUUUAUGCCGACUCAACAGCCUACUGAUAUGCAACGAUUCCAAAUGGAAAUGAUGCAGGCGCAGCAGAUGGCUGGCGCCAUGGGUAACGCGAUGGGCCCUCCACAGGGCUUGGCCAGCCCUGAACUGCAGGCGCUCAUGAUGCAAAUGAUGAUGGCCAAUCAAAUGAACAUGCCUCAAAUGGCGCCACCCUCGUUACAAGCCCCGAACGCAAUGUCUGCCGGCCUUCCUCCCAAUCUGGGACUUCACCCUGCCUUAAUCCCUUCCUCGCAGGCCAACGGCCUCAUGGCCAGCUCGGACAUGAUGCGAAGGCUGCAGCAGGAAGGUUUUCCCAUGCGCCCGCAAUAAUCUCAAUUCUCCAUAGUUGCUGCUUCUCUCAGUCACAUUGUCUUUCCUGCUUCGGGUGCAGAGCCCGGCGAGAUACUCACUCGUAUGUAAAUAUGAACCUCCGCCAAACUCAGGUUACCGAGUGCCUUGCGCUCUUGAUUUUGUGUUUGAAUGUUUUGUGUUGUUCUUCUCCCGGCGGUACCGACCGUCCGCGUGCAAAACCGGUUACUCACCGCGAGUUCCUUUAUCCGAAUGGAUGCGGUACGAUUUCUUGUCUCUGAGAACUUAUCUCUUGUGUUCGCAUCUGUGUGUUGAAAUGUUUGACAUGCAUAUUUUCCUUCCACAUAGUUUAAUCCAAAGUGAUUUCAAAAUAAUCUAGCAACAGUUGUUAUAAUCAUUGAAAAAACGGUGCAUGAUCCUUACUUUUCUCAUCACAUGGAAUUUGCUUUGAAAAUAAUAUGGAAAAUUGUGUUAUCAUUUUCAUGAUCAUGUAGAUGGGUAUUGUGCUCCAGAUCAGUCUCUUAUGAUUGCAUCUCCGCGUAGCUGUAUUAUUUACGCUUCUUGUGAUAGUUCUGAAUUGAAUGUUCCAAUAAUGGUCAAAGACGAGUUGUUAUGAUGCCCGAGAUAAUAAAAUUAUUACUAUGCCACAA